AUGGCCUUGAUGAAUGGGUACUCGGUCUCGCCUGCCUCCAAUGCUGCCAGCAUCCGAGAUGAGUUCGCAGCCAGCGAGAGCGAAGGCCACCUGUCCGAUACCUCUGCAAACCAUGCCGCCCGCGAAUCCUCCUCCCCCGAUGAAGACGCCGCGGACGAUUCCUACAAUGCCGGCUCUCCGGACGCCGAAGUAGAUGAGGAUGGCUCUGCGACGGAAAACGAUGGGAACGAGGGCAGUGCGUCUGGCUCUGAAAACUCUUCAUCGUCAGAGACCAAGCGAGGAACGAAGCGUAAGUCGUCGUCGGUCAAUGAAUCGGACUAUAUCCGACAAAACCCCGACCUAUACGGCCUUCGUCGAAGCGGAAGAGCUCGCACGACGCGUCAAGUGGUCGAUUCCCCCUCCGAGUCCGAAUCCGAUGCCGUGGCUGCCCGGUCUAAGCGUCGACGCCCCGCGGCCUCACAGCCGGCCUCGAAACGCCCCUCGCGGUCCGCAACCCGGUCGUCGUACUCUGAAGACUCGGAUAGUGACGAGUAUGGCGGCAGUCGCGCUCGUACAAGCAAGGCAAGGCGCCGACGCCUCCAGACAUCUUUGAACACUGCCCCCUCUCACCCCGAGGUGCGUUUCUCGACGCGAAACGCCUCCAGGGUCUCGAAUUACAAUGAAGAUGACGAUGACUCGAUGUUCGAGGAUGAACCAGACGAGGUCAUGGAUAACUACUGGGCCACUGCCGUGGAGGACAACCGCCCGGCGGUUGACAUUGUCCUCAACCAUCGUCUCCAGGAGGGUGUGGACCCAAGUAGCGCCGACCUCAGUCGCCACGACUUUGAGUUUUACAUCAAAUGGCAAGGCAAGUCGCACUACCAUGCUACGUGGGAAACGGUCGAGAGCCUUGCAGACUGUCGUAGUACGCGCCGCCUUGACAACUACAUUCGCAAAGUCCUGUCUGAGGACAUCCGCCUGAAGACCGACGAGGAUGUCGCCCCCGAGGACCGGGAAAAGUGGAACCUCGACCGGGAGAGGGAUGUAGACGCUAUUGAAGAUUACAAACAAGUUGAGCGCGUCAUCGGAAUGCGUGAGGGCGACGAAGGCACCGAGUACCUCGUCAAAUGGAAACGCCUGUUUUACGACUCUUGUACAUGGGAGAGUGAAGAGCUCGUUAGUAAUAUCGCGCAACGCGAGAUAGACCGCUUCCUAGAUCGAUCCUCUCGCCCCCCGGUGUCAGACAAGUCUGAAACGAAUCCCGCCACGCGAAAGCCAUUUGAGACCAUCAAGAGUGAACCGAGCUUUUUGCAGAACGGCCAGCUGAAGGAGUUCCAAGUGAAGGGGGUCAACUUCAUGGCCUUCAACUGGGUGAAGAAUCGCAAUGUUGUGCUUGCAGAUGAAAUGGGCCUGGGAAAGACCGUGCAGACGGUCUCCUUCAUCAACUGGCUGCGCCAUGUGCGGAAUCAACAAGGUCCCUUCGUGGUGGUUGUGCCAUUGUCGACAAUGCCUUCCUGGGCAGAGACGUUCGACCACUGGACCCCCGACCUAAACUAUGUUGUUUACAAUGGCAAUGAGGCUGCGCGCACUGUUUUGCGAGAUCACGAGCUCAUGGUCGACGGCAAUCCCCGCCGACCCAAGUUCAACGUGCUCCUCACGACAUAUGAAUACGUCUUGCUAGAUUCAGGCUUCCUCAGCCAGUUCAAAUGGCAGUUUAUGGCCGUUGAUGAGGCGCACCGAUUAAAGAACCGUGACUCCCAGCUGUACCUGAAGUUGCUGGAGUUCCGGUCUCCAGCUCGCCUGCUCAUCACGGGUACUCCUAUCCAGAACAACUUGGCUGAGCUUUCUGCGCUUUUGGACUUCUUGAACCCAGGCCUGGUCCACAUUGAUGUUGACAUGGACCUCAACGCUGACGCGGCCUCCGAGAAGCUUGCAGAGCUAACGAAAGCCAUUCAACCCUUCAUGCUGCGCCGGACCAAGUCCAAGGUGGAAUCCGAUCUCCCGCCCAAGACCGAGAAAAUUAUCCGAGUCGAACUUUCCGAUAUCCAGCUAGAGUAUUACAAGAACAUCCUUACCAAGAACUAUGCUGCACUCAAUGAUGGGGCUAGAGGCCAAAAGCAAUCACUUUUGAACAUCAUGAUGGAACUCAAGAAAGCGAGCAACCACCCAUUCAUGUUUCCAAAUGCCGAGGCAAGGAUCUUGGAUGGCAGUGCCCGCCGUGAAGACGUAUUGAGAGCUAUGAUCACGAGUAGUGGUAAAAUGAUGCUUCUUGAUCAGCUGCUGGCCAAGCUGAAACGAGACGGCCAUCGUGUGUUAAUCUUCAGCCAAAUGGUCAAGAUGCUUGACAUCCUGGGCGACUACAUGGAAUUUCGUGGGUACACAUAUCAGCGUCUCGACGGAACCAUUCCGGCGGCGUCUCGUCGUCUAGCCAUUGAACAUUACAAUGCCCCUGGGAGCAGCGACUUUGCGUUCAUUUUGUCCACUCGAGCUGGUGGUCUGGGUAUCAACCUAAUGACCGCGGACACGGUGGUCCUAUUUGAUUCGGACUGGAAUCCUCAGGCCGAUCUCCAGGCCAUGGCUAGAGCGCACCGUAUCGGACAAACGAGGCCCGUCAGUGUGUACCGUCUAGUGUCCAAGGAUACGGUGGAGGAGGAAGUCAUAGAAAGAGCGCGAAACAAGCUUCUGCUCGAGUUCAUCACCAUCCAACGGGGCGUUACUGACAAGGAAGCGUCGGAGAUCCAAAAUAAGAUGGUUCGGAGUGGGAUUUCUGUCAGCGAGCCGAACUCGACGGACGAUAUCUCGCGCAUUCUCAAACGUCGUGGUCAGAAGAUGUUUGAACAGACUGGUAACCAGGCGAAGCUGGAGCAGCUGGACAUUGACUCGGUACUUGCGAACGCUGAGUUGCACCAGACGGAACAAGCCGAGGAAAUCCAGGCCGAUGGUGGCGAAGAAUUCCUUAGAGCUUUUGAUUAUGUUGAUAUCAAGGUCGACGAUCUGAGCUGGGACGAUAUUAUCCCCAGGGAGCAACUGGAAGAGAUCAAAGCAGAGGAGAAGAAAAAAGCAGACGAAAAGUAUCUUGCCGAAGUCAUUGAGCAAAACCGACCGCGCAAGCGCAACGCCCCUGGGGAUGUACGGGAUACACGUGAGGAGCGCAAAGCUAAACGACAAGCGAGAGCGCAGGUGAGCAUGGACAAUGCUGAUGAUUCCGAUUCCGGCCAGUCGGAUCCGAUGCGACCCCUGACGGAGAAAGAAUACCGCCACCUCCUGCGAUCGUAUCUCCGUUUUGGUGAUGUUGGGGAACGCGAGGAAGAUGUUUUCCGCGAGGCGCGUUUACUUGAUCGGGACAGGGAGACGGUCAGGGCUGCUUUAAAUGAAAUCACUGACAAGGCAGCCGCUCUUGUACGAGAGGAUGUUGAAAGAUUAGAGGCUCUUGAACAUUCCGGCAAGGUGCCGACGAAAAAAGAAAAGAAGGCAGUCUUGUUUGAUCUUCAUGGCGUCAAGCGUCUGAAUGCGUACACUAUUGUGGAACGGCCGGCGGAGAUGCGUAUAUUGAAGGAGGCCACUGCUGCAGUACCCGAUUUCAAAAACUUCCGUGUGCCGGAAGCCACAAAGGCCGCGGAUUAUACAUGCCCGUGGGGUGCGAGAGAGGACGGUAUGCUAUGCGUGGGUAUCGCGCGUCAUGGAUAUGGCGCUUGGACUCAGAUUCGAGACGAUACCGAACUCGGUCUAAGCGAUAAGUUCUUCCUCGAGGAACACCGGGUGGAAAGGAAAAACGAGCGCAUGAAUGCCGAGGACAAGACCACCAAGUCUCCAGGUGCUGUCCAUCUGGUUCGUCGUUCGGACUAUCUGCUAUCUGUCCUCCGAGACAAAGCCACAAGCGGUUCGAGUGUCAGCGCGAAGCGAGCCGUCGACAACCAUCACCGGAACAACCGGAAAGGCUCUCGUGCGCAUGCGAGCAACAGCGUGUCGGCGUCACCGGCCCCGUCAGCGCGUAGGGGUCAUCGGGAAACAGAACGAUCCAGGCAUCGGUCCCAUACCCAUGGAGCUCGGGAUAGUGUUGAGAGACACCACACCCCGAGCCACGAUGCCCGGUCCAAACCCGUGCAUGACGGGGAGCGCAGCCGCCAUCGGACCUCAGACGCUUCCAGUGAGGAUGUCCGACGCCGGAAGCUCCACGAGAACGGCUACUCCGCGGGCAAGGAGGACAUGUCGCGCCUCUUCUUCAAGCCAAUCCGUGAGAAUCUCAAGAAGGUAUCCGCUGUCACGAAGGAAAACUUCCCGAACAAGGCUGAGCGGGCCACGGAACUGCGACGUCUCUUGGGCAAGAUCGGCGAGUUCAUCGGCCAGAACCUAAGGGGUGAGGGCUCCGUUACUUCUUUGGAGACCCGUUUAUGGCAAUAUGUCUCGUUGAACUACUGGCCCAACAAAGAGGCAGGGGGGUCCAAACUUCAAGAAAUGUAUCAUAAACUGAUUGCUGCCCGGAAGGAGGCGGCGGCCACCAAGCGCGUCACAUCCAACGGGGAGUAG